UAUGCGAUCUCUCAGGUUUCCUGGUCUUAUAUCAGGAUGUGUUAUAGAUUGGUUUCAAAAAUGGCCAGAGGAUGCACGAGUUGCCGUUUCUAGACACUAUUUGUCUGAAUUUCAGCUAGUUUGCACCGAAAAUGUAAAGGAACAAGUUAUUGAUAUAAUGAGCUGGAUUCACGAGUCAGUUCAAGAAACAUGUAUAAGUUACUACGACAGAUUUCGGCGAGUAACAUUUGUUACUCCAAAGUCACUAAUAUCCUUCCUGGAAAGCUAUAAGUUAUUAUAUAAAGACAAGCAGGACCAUAUUGUAAUCAUGUCAGAACGAAUGAGCUCAGGAUUAGACAAGCUUGAUGAAGCUGGAGCUUCUGUAGCAAUUCUAAAAAAAGAUUUGAUUGAAAUGAAUAAAGUGAUUGCUGUUGCAAGUGAAGAGGCGGAGGAAGUUUUAGCAAAUGUUGAGCUCUCAAAAGCUGCGGCCGAAAUAGUAAAAAUCGAGGUAGCAGAAAAAAAAGGACAAGCGGAAGUUCUUGUUAAAAAUAUUUCAGCAGUAAAACAAGUGGCAGAGGCUAAAUUGGAAAAGGCUUUGCCAGCUUUAGAAGAGGCAGAAGCUGCUUUAAAAACUAUCAAAGCUGCUGAUAUUGCUACAGUUAGGAAACUAGGAAAACCGCCAUACCUUAUAACAUUGAUUAUGGACUGUGUGUGUAUAUUAUUUAGAAGAAAAGUCAAACCCAUUCGCCCAGACUCAGAUAAAGCUUUUAUACAAAGUUCUUGGGAAGAAUCUUUAAAAGUCAUGUCCGACACAAGCUUUCUAAGAAAAAUUGUAGAAUAUCCGACUGAUUUAAUCAACGCAGAAAUGGUCGAUAUGAUGAUGCCCUAUUUUCAGUAUCCGCAGUACACAUUUGAAGCUGCCAAAGUAGCAUGUGGAAAUGUAGCUGGCCUGUUAUCAUGGACAAUGGCAAUGGCGAAAUACUUUGAAGUAAAUAAAGAGGUCCUGCCGUUAAAGGCUAACCUAGCUGUACAAGAAGCUAAAUAUCAAAAAGCUUCUGGUGACCUUCAAGAGGCAGAAGAUUUACUGCAGCAAAAGGAAAAUGAACUAGCCGAAGUGCAACAAACAUUAGAGGAUGCUGUUUCAAAGAAAGAUGCUGUACUAACCGAGGCUAAAAAGUGUCAAGAUAAAAUGGAUGCCGCAACAGCACUCAUAGGUGGGCUAGCUGGCGAAAAAAUAAGAUGGACUGAACAAAUAGCUUCUUUUAAAACUGAAACUGACCGAUUGGUAGGAGAUGUAAUCCUUUUGACUGCCUUUUUAUCAUACACGGGUCCCUUUAACCAAGAAUUUCGAAGUGACCUUCAAAGUAUUUGGAUGAAAACUAUUAUCGAAAAAAUGAUACCCAUAUCGGCAAACGUAAGUAUAAUUGAAAGCCUUACUGAUCGGUCACAAAUUGGUGAAUGGAAUAUACAAGGUCUUCCCACCGAUGAACUGUCAAUUCAAAAUGGAAUAAUUGCUACGAAGGCCAUGCGAUUUCCACUACUAAUAGAUCCGCAGUCUCAAGGAAAAGUUUGGAUCAAAAACAAAGAGAAACAAAAUAAAUUAAUUAUAACUGCCCUAAAUCAUAAAUACUUUCGAAAUCAUUUAGAAGAUUCUGUCAAUUUGGGAGUUCCUAUUAUAAUUGAAGAUGUUGCAGAAGAACUGGAUCCUUGUUUAGAUAAUUUAUUAGAUCGUAACCUAUUGAAAGUUGGAACUCAAUAUAAAGUUAAAAUAGGUGACAAGGAAGUAGAUUGGAAUCCUGCAUUCAGGUGCUACAUAACUACAAAACUGCCAAACCCAGCAUACACACCAGAAAUUUUUGCUCGCACGUCAAUAAUUGACUUUACUGUAACGAUGCGCGGAUUAGAAGACCAAUUACUAGGCAGAGUUAUUCUUGCUGAAAGAAAAGAGCUGGAAGAUGAACGCGUGCUAUUGGUCGAAACUGUUACAGGAAAUAUGAAGAAAAUGAAAGAACUUGAAGCUAACCUGCUCCAUAAACUCUCUACUACUCAGGGAAGUCUGUUAGACGAUGUGACAGUUAUUGAGGUUUUAAAUACUAGUAAAAACACCGCCAUUGAAGUGAAAGAGAAAAUUGAAAUAGCGAAAGUUACAGAGGCCAAAAUUAAUGCUGCUCGAGAAGAAUAUCGUGUCGUGGCUACCAGAGGCAGCGUAUUAUACUUUCUUGUAUGCAGUAUGGCAAGAGUAAACAAUAUGUAUCAAACAUCACUAGUGCAAUUUUUGGAACGUUUUGAUGCUUCAAUGUAUAAUUCAGCAAAAGCACAUAUAACACAAAAACGCAUAAAAAGAAUUAUUAACUACUUGACCUUUGAAAUAUACCGAUACAAGUCACGUGGACUCUAUGAAAAAGAUAAAUAUUUGCUUGUUCUUUUAAUGGCUUUAAGUAUUGAUCGGCAGCUUGAACUAAUUACUUUUGAUGAGUUUCAAACUUUCAUCAAGGGGGGGGCUGCCUUAAAUCUUAAUGAUUGCCCCCCAGUACCUUUUCGGUGGAUGACUGAUGAAACAUGGCUAAAUCUUGUUCAACUAACAGUUUUGUCUCCUUUUGUAAAUAUAUUGACAAAAGUUAGUGGAAAUGAACGAGGGUGGCUCACAUGGUACAAAAAAGAUGCCCCCGAAAAUGAAAUUAUACCGGAUGGAUACAAUUCGUUAGAUCCAUUUCGAAAAAUGUUACUAAUACGUUCAUGGUGUAUGGAUCGCACUAUAGCCCAAAGUCGAAAAUAUAUUGCUAAUUCAUUAGGUGAACGAUUUGCAGAGCCCGUAGUUUUAAAUUUUGAAGAGCUAUUAACGGAAAGUAGGGAAUUAAUGCCAAUGGUUUGCUUUUUAUCCCUUGGUUCGGAUCCUUCGUCAAAUAUUGAACUUCUAGCAAAAAAAAAUGAACUUAAGUGUCAUCCAAUAUCUAUGGGACAAGGCCAAGAGAUUCAUGCCAGGAAGCUAAUAUUAGCCUGCUUGGAAGAUGGAGGAUGGGUUUUGCUACAAAAUUGUCAUCUUGGCUUGGAAUAUAUGGUUGAACUGACACUUCAAAUAUUAGACCUUGAGCGCCAAGGUAAAGAUGCUGUCGUCAACCCGAACUUCCGCAUUUGGAUUACAACUGAGCCCCACCCUAAAUUUCCUAUAACAUUAUUGCAAAUGUCUUUGAAAUAUACGAAUGAACCACCAGCUGGAAUACGUGCUGGGUUAAAAAGAACUUAUACAAACUUGUCUCAGGAUUUUUUGGACUACUCACAGUCGCCGUUUUAUUUGCCAGUCAUCUAUUCAAUUUCAUUCCUUCACACUGUAGUGCAGGAAAGACGAAAGUUUGGUCCACUUGGUUGGAACAUACCGUAUGAAUUUAAUUCUUCUGACUGGUAUGCUAGUUGUUUAUUUGUUCAAAAUCAUCUAGAUGAUUUAGAGCAAGGGAAAGGUAUCAGUUGGGUCACAGUGCGCUAUAUGUUGGGAGAAGUCCAAUAUGGUGGUCGCGUAACCGAUGACUAUGACAAGCGCUUGCUUAAUACAUUUACUAGAGUAUGGUUCCAUGAUGCUCUUUUUGAAGAAACGUUUCAAUUCUUUAAAGGGUAUAAGGUAUAUAGCUUUAAAGAGCAAGAGGCUUAUUUGUCAGCUAUUGACGAAAUGCUAAAUGUUGACCCACCUCAAGUAUAUGGAUUUCAUUCAAAUGCUGAAAUUACUUAUCAAACUAAUACAAUGAGAAAUAUUCUAGAUGAAAUUAUGUCAAUUCAGCCUAAAGAGUCAUCCGCUGGAACUGGGGAAUCAAGAGAAGAUCGAGUAGCGCGACAAGUCAAGGAAAUGAAAUUGACCGAAUGCAGCGUAUUAUAAUAUUAGUUCGAACUACUUUCAAAGAUUUAUUGCUGGCUGUUGAAGGAACAAUAAUAAUGAGUGAGAACCUGCGC